CUUGAGCGCGCGUCACCUCCGGGGUCGAGUCUGCUUGUGUCACCGCCACCGGCUCCGUGCUCAGAUGCAGAUCCUCACUGAAGGGUGACAUUAACGGAGGACCCUCCUCAUCCUCAUCCUCAUCCUCAUCCUCAGAUAGAAUCAGCCGAGGUCACGAGCACUGUUUCCCAGAAUCCUUCACUUCAGAUCAGGUGAAUGCAGGUGCACACUCUGAAGCGCAGUGCUUGGGAUUACUGAUCUUCUCUGGGUUUGGCUACUCACAGAGACGCUCGAGGAGCUCAUGAAGACUGAACAGGAGGAGGACGCCGCGCAGGAAGCUGAGACACAGAGCGGCCCUGUGUCUGACCCGCAGCAUGACCCCGUCUCCACAUACUUCGAGCAGAAGGUUCCCAUCCCUGAGGAUGACGUACCAAAGCUCUUCAGCUUUCGUAAGCUGUGGGCCUUCACUGGGCCGGGUUUCCUGAUGAGCAUCGCCUAUCUGGACCCGGGGAACAUCGAGUCGGAUCUUCAGUCUGGGGCUAUAGCUGGUUUCAAGCUGCUGUGGGUUCUGCUGGGGGCCACCAUCAUCGGGCUCCUGCUGCAGCGUCUGGCCGCUCGUCUCGGUGUGGUGACCGGGAUGCAUCUGGCCGAGGUCUGCAACCGUCAUUACCCCACGGUGCCGCGGAUCAUCCUGUGGCUGAUGGUGGAGCUGGCCAUCAUCGGCUCUGACAUGCAGGAGGUCAUCGGCUGUGCCAUCGCCUUCAACCUGCUGUCAGUGGGCAGGAUUCCUCUGUGGGCCGGAGUGCUGAUAACCAUCUUCGACACAUUCGUCUUCCUGUUUCUGGACAAGUACGGUCUGAGGAAGCUGGAGGCGUUCUUCGGGCUCCUCAUCACCAUCAUGGCUUUCAGCUUCGGUUACGAGUAUGUGCGUGUGGCUCCUGACCAGGCCGAGGUGAUGAAGGGCAUGUUUGUGCCGUACUGCAGCGGCUGUGGAGCUGCGCAGCUGGAGCAGGCCGUCGGGAUCGUGGGAGCCGUCAUCAUGCCUCACAACAUCUACCUGCACUCCGCUCUCGUGAAGUCACGAGACAUAAACCGAGGAAACAAGAAGGAGGUGAAGGAGGCCAACAAGUACUACUUCAUCGAGUCCUCCAUCGCUCUCUUCGUCUCGUUCCUCAUCAAUGUGUUUGUGGUGGCCGUCUUUGCAGAGGCCUUUUAUGGCAAGACCAACAUGGAAGUGGGUCAGAAGUGUAAUGAAACAGGAAGUCCUCACAGUGAGCUUUUCCCAGCCAACAACCAAACACUGGAGGUGGACAUCUACAAAGGGGGGGUGGUCCUGGGCUGUUUUUUCGGCCCGGCUGCGCUGUAUAUUUGGGCUGUUGGGAUCCUCGCCGCUGGACAGAGUUCAACCAUGACAGGGACCUACUCGGGUCAGUUUGUGAUGGAGGGCUUCCUGAACCUGCGCUGGUCACGCUUCGCUCGUGUGCUGCUGACGCGCUCCAUCGCCAUCCUCCCCACGCUCCUGGUGGCCGUCUUUGAGGACGUGCAGCAUCUCACCGGCAUGAACGACUUCCUGAACGUGCUGCAGAGCAUGCAGCUGCCGUUCGCUCUGAUCCCCAUCCUGACCUUCACCAGCCUGACCUCACUGAUGAACGACUUCGCCAACGGACUCGUGUGGAAGAUCGGCGGGGGGCUGCUCAUCCUGCUGGUGUGUGCCAUCAACAUCUACUUCGUGGUGGUGUAUGUGACGGCCCUGGACAGCACCGUCAUCUACGUCUGCUCCGCCCUCCUCUCCAUCAUCUAUCUCAGCUUCAUCCUCUACCUGGUGUGGCACUGUCUGAUCGCUCUCGGCGUCUCCUGUCUGGACUUCAGACGGUCGGUUCAGUAUCCGCCUGCUGUUCUUGUGGAUGAAGAACCAGAGCUUGAUUCCUGAGCCAAACAUCUGAUCGUGUCCAUCUGUUCUUCUACUGUGAGGAACGUCCUUACUGUGACAAACAGCACAAUCCAAAUAUUUGACUUUAUCUUUGCCUCCUUGCAUAAGUUCCUGAUCCCUGUCUCCAUGUUUUAUAGAAGUUUAUGACUCACUAACUUACUAAUGACUGUACCAAGAACAAAUGUGCUGGUUAACUGCUCUCAAGAUGAUCUGGAGUUAUUUAAAGGUUCACAGACAUUUGUUUUUAUGAGUAUAAAUUGCGUGUUUUAAUACCUGAAUGAAAGAGAAAUCAGUAUUCAUAUUCCUGAAGGAACUGUACACCAGCAGUGAAGUGAGAUACCUCACACAGAGACUGUGCUUCUGACACUAGAUCACCCAUCCAGCACUGACUGAGGUUUCACUGAGAGUUCACCCCGGAAGGACACACCUGCAUCAGUUCUUCUGGUGAACACAAAGGUGAAUGAUUUUGAAGAACAUGGAUAACCAAAGAGUUGACGGUAGCCAUUGACUUCCACACUGUGGAAGAAAGUAGAGUGGAAGUCAAUGGGAAUUCUUCAAAUCUCUUAUUUUGUGUUCAAUCAAAGAUAGAAAGGUUUGGAAUGACUGAAUGAUGACCGUUUAGUGGUUCUUUUUUCUUCUCAUUUCAAGAUUCUCUUAUUGUUGGCUGUUCAUUUGGUUUAGGAGCAUCACUACUUUAAACCUCUGUUUGAUCAACAUCUGUCAGUACUAGCAAGAGUUUAUAUAAGAAAUAUAAAGCAACACAGUUCUUGCAGUUUUUUAAAGAAGGAAGCAACAAAAGGGCCUUUAAUGUUUCAUGGUUUUGCCAUGUUCUGAAUUCUGAUGUGUCUUCAUUAGAUGUGACUGAAGGUUAAAUGUUUCCCUCAGUGUCAGAUGUGAUGUGAGAUGACUUUGAUUUAAUGUUUCUGCACUUGUCUGGUAAUAACAGAUGUAAGUUAAUUUGGUGUCUGACACACAUACUUGUUCUGCUAUAUGUUUUAAUCACAUUCCCUGCUGUCAAACACAAGGAAUAAUUAAUAUAUAUAAAGAUAUAUUUAUGUUUUAAGAUACGAACCAUAUGUGUUUGUAGCUGAAGAAUCUGACAGGUCUGUACACACUGUACUCCGAUAGCUGACGAAUUAAUAAAAGCCCAAAAUGUU